AUGUUGGUAUUAGUAGUUUCUUUCGAGCAACCAGAAGAAAACAGAAAAGAUUCUACAAAGGAAAAACAAUUUGCUGAAAUGAAAACAUUACAAGAAAGUCUACCAGAAAUUUCUGAAGAUGAUGGGUUUACUACAGUCAAAUCAAAAAAGAAAAAAGAAAAAAAGAAAACUGAACAUACAAUUUCACCUGUUUUUGAUCCAACAAAAAUUAAAUCUACAAGAGAAGAUACUGGCCAAAUAAAAUCAAGUUUAAAAGUUCCAAAAGAUUUUAAUCCUUUACCAAAAAGAGUCGAACAAGCAGAGAUAAAACCAGAACAAGUUGUUCGACCAAAAGUGCAUCAACAAGUUAAAUUACGAAGUCAAUACCAAAUUUUUGUGUCUCAACAUCCAAUUUUAUCACCAAAUCAACCAAAUCAAAUUUGUGAAUCUUAUAAAGAAGCCAUCAAUUAUGACUUUUUAUUGUUUACUCAGUAUUGGCCAGGUCAAAUAUGUCACGAGAAAAGGUGCAGUUUUCCUCAGACAACAGAAUUUAUAGAGGAGGGCUUUUUUAUUCACGGACUUUGGCCACAGUUUAAUUCCAAAACAUCACUAAAAUGUUGUGUGAACAAAUUUACUUAUUCAAAAGUUGAAAAGUGGCUUCUUGGAUACAAAUCAUUACAGGUUGAUGUAGCAAAUUUAUGGAUGUCACUCGACAAGUGUUAUUUCGCAAUUUAUUAA